AUGCCAGGCCCCGGUAAAGAUUCCGCGGUCAUAGUGAAUCAUACCGCAAAUUCUACAUUUUCAAGCGACGAACGUCAUGAUGCGACAGAAGACGAAAUCAGAACCCUUCAACACGUUCCCGAUGACAAGCUGCCUCGCACUGUUUGGAUAGCAUUGGCUAUUAGUGCAGCAGAGCGAUUCACGUUCUGGGCUAUAACCACGCCAUGGCAAAAUUACAUGCAAAAUAGCCCAGAUAGCGCUAUUAGGGGGGCUUUGGGCCUGGGGCAGUCCACUGCAACUAAUAUCUCGAACGCUUUCUCCCUCUUUUACAGCCUGGUUCCAAUACCCAUUUCGAUUGUCUCGGAUGCCUGGCUAGGGAGGUACAAGACUUUGUGGAUCAGUAUCAUUUUCUACUUGUGCGGUUGUCUAGUGCAACUGGUUACUUCCCUACCCAUAGUUCUGGAUCAGGGAGGCGGCAUCCUUGGAUUAGCCAUCGCAAUGUUUUUGAUCGGGAUAGGACUUGGGGGUGUCAGGUCGACAAUUUCCCCCUUUAUUGGGGACCAGUAUCCGGUCAUUCCUACCCAAGUGAAGAUGAACAAGAACGGGGAGCGAGUUAUCAUAGAUCGGACGCUCACCCUUCAAUACAUCUAUAAUGUCGCUUACUGGCUCUUGAAUAUCGCGGGGCUAUCGGUUAUCCCGUCAACAUUUCUCGAGAAGAAGUGUGGAUUCUGGGCUGCCAACCUGCUUGCAUUUGGCGCUUUUUGGAUCAUUCCUAUUCUUUUGUUGGCCUUUAACAACCAAUUUGUGAAAACCCCAGUUCAGCGUAACGUCCUCAUCAAUACGAGCAAAGUAUUAGCCUGCUCGGCACGCAGCAAAUUCAAGAUUGGCGCGGCAAGGCCACAGUACCAACUUGAGAAACACAACCGUAUCGUAUCCUGGAGCGACCACUUCGUUACUGAGCUCCAGAUUGGCCUACUAGCAUGCCGAGUCAUGGCAUGGUUUGUCAUCUUCUACCUCGGCAUCAGUCAGAUUUCCAACAACCUUAUCUCACAAGCUGGCCAGAUGCAGCUUACAGGCUUCCCUAACGACGUCAUCCAAAUCCUCAAUCCCAUCGCUUGUAUAAUCCUUGGGCCAUUGAUCCAGAAUUACCUCUACCCAUCUCUUAACCGUUACCGCAUUUCCUUUGGCCCUAUCGCGCGCAUGGCUGUGGCGCUCCUGACCAUGGCCGCUAGCAUGGCAUACGCCGCCGGAGUGCAAAAGCUGAUCUACAGCCGGGGGCCCUGCUAUGACAAUCCUCUUAAAUGCCCCGCAGCUCUGCUUGAUCCUACAAAGGCCCCGGUACCUAACAAUAUUGUAGUCUGGGUGCAGGCUCCUACAUAUGUGCUAUUAGCCGUUUCAGAGAUCCUUGGCUUCGCAACGCUUAGCGAGUACAGCUACAACAAGGCGCCACGGCACCUGCGGACGGUAGUACAAGCCAUGAGACAGGUUACGGCAGCAGUUUCUUAUGCGCUGGGUAUGGCGCUCAGCCCGGUAUCUGAAAACCCCAAGGUCCUAUGGAUGUACGUCGGAAUAGCUGCUAGUCUUGUAUUGAUAGGGGUGGCGUUUUGGGUGGUUAUGGGGCACUAUGAUCGGGUAGACGAAGAUUUGAAUACGCUCAACUUAAAAAGCGAGGAGAGUGGAGAGAAGGUUUCCGUGAGAGAAGAACUUCCUGCAAAUACGGAAGUGAACGUACAGGAGAAAGAUGAAAUCCGACCUUCGCAGGUGAUUUGA